AUGGCAGCCAAGGAAGACCCAGCCGUUGAGACGGCUGGGACCAUGAAAGAGCCUGCGACCGAGUCGGAGCCUUUUGACAAUGCUGCCAGCGAAGUCUCGCUGCAUGGUGCGGUCUACUUGAAAGUCUGCAGCUGGUACGCCUCGCCUCUAUUCCAGCUGGUUUUGGUUGCUCUCAUCUGCUUUCUUUGCCCUGGCAUGUUCAAUGCCCUGAGCGGUAUGGGAGGAAGUGGAAUGACAGAUGCAACGUUGGUGGACAAAAUGGUAAAAGAACAGCACGUUCUCAAUUUCGGUGAACUACAGCCAUACUAA